AUGUCAAACAUCUCCCGUCGAGUCCCUUUGGCCAGCAUCUCGAACGCCACAAAUUCUCCACACCGUCCUCUCAGCAACAGCGGCUCCAAAAGACCGCGUAGUCUGGCAAAUGUUUCCCAACAGGAAAAUGAACCUCCUCAGAAGCGCUUGGCUGUGGAAAAACAUGCUCGAGAUUCUCACACCCCGGCCACGCCGCAUCGGCAGGCGCAGCCGACCAUGGCCGAAGGGCGCGUCUUUGAACGAGGCAAUGGCGAGUCAGGCACCACGGCCUUCCAGAGGAGGCUGGUCGCUGCUCGAGACAAAAGCGCCGGGCUUCGUGUGACCAAAAACGUGGAAGAUCCUGGGAAAGAAGACACCAUCCGUACCUGGCAAAGGCAUUAUAGAAAACUGUUUCCCAGUUACCGUUUCUACUUUGACGGGGUGUCGGACGAGGCUCGAUCACGCUUCCUCCGACAGAUCACGGCUCUUGGAGCGAAGGAGGAAAAGUUCUUUUCCAAAGCCGUUACGCACAUCAUCACGUCUCGCAAUAUCCCAGCGGACUCAGCAAGGAACAAUGACUCGACACAACAUCCGCCCGUGGACGACCAACCCCAGACUAUCAACCCUUCGCUCCUAGAGAAGAAUCCACGUGGACACGUGACGGCACCACUACGACGCGAUGGCAUGAACCAAAUGGACAUUCUUGUUCGAGGAAGAGAGAUGGGAAUGAAGAUAUGGGCUGCAGAGAAGCUUCAAAGAGUACUCACAUCGAUACUCGAAGAUGCCGGUCACGCAACUCACGGUCGUGGGAGCACUCAUCAGGGUCGGAAUCAACAUGAAGACUUGGGACAAGUACUGAAGAGCGAGAAGCUGUCGGCAUAUUCGGAAAGAGAACAACCCUUUUUGUCUCUCGUAGGUUUCAAAGGUCCUUUCAUCUACGUCCAUGACAUGGAUGAGAAGUACCGCCCUACUGUGGUCAGAGAAUACCCCAAGGUAUCCAGGCGUUCAGAAGGAGAGUGGCCGCAAUUCCGUUCUGCUAGCGUUGGGAAAUGUCCCUUUGUGGAGGAUCCAGCCAUGAGAAGGGAAAUUGAACAAGAACAGCGAACAAGGGCCAGAAUGAUUGGCUUACAACAGCAACAGCAGCAGGCCGUGGAACCACAGAUGCCUCGAACAAGAUCACACGGGACUGGUACUGACGCGGGCAAAGUUGAUCCUCCACGUCGCACGAGUCCAAGAAAAGCACUGCAGGUUGUCCACAAUACCGCCAACCUCCCAGUUGACAUGGACGUGGAACUCAAGGACACAAAGGCACACCACCAUACACACGAACGACAACCUUCCUUCCCUCCAAUGCCCGAGAAACCGGCUUUUGAGUUUGUCCGCCCACCUCAAAUAAAUCUGAUACGGGAACCUGCAGCGUCCGGGAUUCAAAGGUCGAAUUUGACUUCAGCCAUCCAGUCACAGAUGAUCUCUUCCACGGCCGCCACCGGGGUGAAAGCCGGAACAAGCAAGGAGGUCCAUCAUCAGCUCAAACGUCAAGUUCUCGAGCGUACACAUACGGGCAGUCUGUCAGUUGGUUCUAUACCGUCAUCACAUCGCAUGAAUGAUCUUGCCGGCGCAUUGAAGAAUGUUCGGGCACCUGCUCCACAGCGAGCGGCCAAAGCCAAAGCACAAGAAAAGUUGGGCGGAAUCCAAGAAGAAGCAGAUCCGCAUGCCGAUGAUAUCGCGGCAGAGCGAGCUGCACAAAACACGCGAAGGAAGAAGGCCGUGAAAAGAGACCCUAAGCCAGGAUACUGCGAAAAUUGUCGUGACAAAUAUGAUGAUUUUGAAGAGCAUAUUAUUUCACGCAAGCAUCGAAAGUUUGCCAUGACACAAACGAACUGGACUGAGCUCGACGCCCUACUGGCCAAGUUGCAAAGUCCAUGA